AUGCGAUCUAAUAGGAUUCGUGUGAGGGAUCCCAGAAGAACGAUCCAGUUUUACGAGCUUCUUGGCCUUGGUGUUGUUCAAAAGCUUUCAUUUCCUGAGGAUAAGUUCGAUCUGUACUUCCUUGGUGUCGACAGCCCAGGUUCGCCAUCGCAUGGAAAGUUCACCUUCGAUCGUCAAGGCUUGAUCGAGCUCACUCACAACUAUGGCACUGAGAGUGACGAGAAUUAUCGAGUGAGCAAUGGCAAUGAAAAACCUUAUCUCGGCUUUUCCCAUAUCUCAAUUUCAGUGGAGGAUGUGCAGUCUACUUACCAGACGCUGGCCAAAGCUGGUUACACGUUCCAGCAGGAUGUCUCCUCCGGGAACGAGCAGGUGAUUGCUCUGGAUCCAGACGGCUACUGGGUCCACAUCACCGAGCAAAAUUCUCCGAGUAAGAAUGUUCUUUCAGAUGCUACUGAUCAGUCUAGGGUUAAUCAAUACGCCCUGCGAGUCACCGACGCCACUCAAUCCGUUCGCUACUACACAGAGAAUCUUGGAAUGAAGCUGAUCAAAACCCUCGACAGCGAGAACGGAAGCUCAAAGACAUAUCUUUAA